UUACUUGGUCUGUCAGCUUUAGCACAGCUAACUUGGCUUCAUUUUUAUCUAUAGCUAUAGCCCGUUGUUAGCCACCUUGCUAGCAAGCUGGUGCAUGCUGGGCCCUGCUAUAAUAUUAGCCAACUCGGUUGUUUAAUGUCAAAGCUGUUUAUUUAUGACCUGUUCCCCCUAAUUACAAUAAUUACUCUUACAAUUGGCUAGUUUGUUAACCAUAAUCAAGACGACAUAUUGAGUUAAAUAGGCCGACUGGCAUUGUAAGGAAAUUGGGCUGAUUGUGCAGUUGUUUACGUCAGACUGGAAGUGUUUAGCCACAUACCCCAUACCCCAUACCCCCCGUGAAAGGUGAUAUUGAUGAAGCAAUACCAAUUCACUGACUGGUGUUUUUGAUCUGCAAAUGGCCACAAGUGUACACGUCACAUCUGGGACACAUGAUAAAGCAGAAGUGGUUACUCUUCGCACAGCAUUUUACCUUGACAUUCAAUGCCCUUUUCCGCGUAAUUGUGGAAAAAGCUCCUAAAGCUAGGAUAGGAGAUCUGGACAAGAAAAAGUACCUGGUCCCCUCUGACCUUACAGUGGGCCAGUUCUACUUCCUCAUCCGGAAACGAAUUCACCUGCGUGCUGAGGAUGCUCUCUUCUUCUUUGUCAACAAUGUCAUUCCUCCCACAUCAGCCACCAUGGGGCUGCUCUAUCAGGAGCACCAUGAGGAAGACUUCUUCCUGUACAUUGCAUACAGUGAUGAAAGUGUCUACGGAGGUGGGGACAUGAGGGAAAUGUGACCCCUUUACCUCCACUCCACGAAUGACUAGACUCCACCAACCCAGACUAGUCCACCAACCCAGAGACAUCAAAUGCAAUUCCACAUCCUUAUUUCUGUCUCCUUCCCUGCUGUGCUGUUCCUCCAUACCUGUUCUCUCCCUCCCUAGCUCACUGGUCAGACAGUCUGAAUUGUAUUUCUCUCCUUUUUUUCUUAUAUUACUCCUUCAGCCUUAAUGUUAACUGCUGAAGAGUUUCAUGGUCUUGAAAGUUCCUGAGCUGCUAUCACAGACCAAUUUCCAGUUACUCGUCUUUCAUAGGGAUAAGUUUAAAGUGAAACAAAACCCAGAGGUGCUUUCGACCUCUUCAAUUCAGUGUAGUGAACUACUGUGCUUACGUAUGUAGGCUACAUAUGAGACGACUUAGAAUAAGAUUGCUUUAGUUUGAAACUGACUGAAGCGUAAAUUUAGACAGAUUGAACAGCCAUGUUUCUGCUUUUUGUUAUGGUUCUGCUUUAAUGGUAUAAUUACUCUUAUUAUUGGGUAAUAUCCUUUUUAUUGUUUUGCAAAUUCAGUUCUUUCCUUCUGAUUAUAUUAUCUUGACUCUGUAUGCAGCUGUAUUGCUGGAGCCAUCCACUCAAAACCAUUUAUAAACUUGAGAAAGACAAA